UCGAAUUGCAUUCAAAUUUCAAAGCGCACUGCUUGACAAGAAGAUUGCAGGACGACAUGCCGGCCGCGCCAGCGAAGGUCCCGGCGGUGUUCCGACGACCUCCAAGUGGCAUUGAUGCGCAACACCCGAUCAAUGCGCUGGAACUUCUUCCUCCGCAUGGCGACCCAAGCAGUGUUCUGACCGCCCCUGCCAAGUUUUGGGUCCAGCACUCCCUGUACCCAACGAUCAAAAAGGCGUGCGGGACAAAGGACGCGCCAGGCAUUCGCAAGCAGAACGCAUCUCGCGUGCUGUCGGAGCUGCGGCAAGCUCGCGCUGUCGUGGAAGAUCAGCUAGAGGACUUUCACCGAGGCAUGGUGGAAUUGGAUGCAUGGAUUGCAUCGACCUCGCAGCAGUCUGCGACACCAAUGCCAGAUGCCACAACAACUACAGAAGGCAGAGAAGAGCAUCCAAGGCGAAAGAAGAAACGACGAAGGAAGUUGAGCACGUCGUCCGCGCUAUCCGGGGACAUGUCCAAGGAUUUGGCGCCAUCGUUUGAUGUUGAUGCGAUGGACUUGGAUACCCCGUGUACCACGACAGAGUGCUGGCAGUACCUUCGUGCAUGUUCGUUCUUUCAACCGGUGCAUCCGGACUCGAUCGACCGCGUUCUCCCGGCACCUCCGUCGACAGGUGCCGUUGCCGACGAACGAAAUGUCGUCGCAGACAAUCCCGACAACAAGCAUCCCAUUCACGACAUGGCGCCUUCCACACAAACAACAGAUUCCUUGUCCGAGAAACUGUUGGCCGCGCUUGUGGAUGUUCACGGCCCGUCGCCCACUACGUCCAUGCCUGACGAAGGCGACGACAACGACAGUCGUAUCCAACCCGAAGCCACCACCAUCGGCAAACAGCUUCUCGCACACAACACGAUUUCCGUGCUGCCGUCUCUCCCAUCGCCGCCGAUUUCUUACAUUCCGUCGUCUUGUUUCGACGUCAGUGCGUCAAAAAUGCAUCACGAGUUGGCUGUCGUGGGACUGGUGGAUCAUCGUGCCGCCGCUUCCGACCCUCUGGCGGCAGCCACGGACAACGCCAUCGGCGACGAGGAUGUGUGCAUGAAUCUGCAUGACGUGUUUGAUGGAGCCACCGACGUUGCGAGCCGACUUGCACACUUGGAGAAAACGUGCGCGGCGCACGAGCGAUCCACGACCGCCAUCAAGGCAUCCCUCCGCCAACACAUUCUUGCUUACAUGAUGGACCACCCAACCGACCCCACCACGCACCAUCGCAUGAUCCUGGACCAGUAUCGAAAACUGUGCAAGCGGAAAGCCGACGAUGCACGGCGAAAGCUGCGACGGACCCUCAAGGCCAUGUCCACCCGAAAGCAAGUGGCCGCCCCGCUCGACCAUGGCCCGACUUCCGCGCCGUCGUCUGCCAUCAACGUCAGCCACCACAGCCAUCGAGACACCUGCAGUCGCAAUAGCACAGCCAUCGGCUAAGCCGUCGUCGCAAUAUUCGAUAGAAGAGCCAAAGCCGUCGAGGCAUUCAAACGAGCGUUAACCUAACGGGGGAAAAUCUGUGUCCAUCGAGUACGACGCCGGUCCAUUCCUCGCCGUCGGCGGCUGCGCGAACGCCGGUCGGGGCUGGAAUGUGCGGGCGGCGGGCUGCUGCCGGUAGUACCCGUCUCCUUGGAACGGCGGCGCAUGGGACGUGUACAAGUCAUUCGUGUAGCGCGUGCCGUAGCCAUGGGGUGGUGGUGCGCCGUACACGUAGGCCGAGCGGGGUUGGUGGUGCCUUGUAAAGUCAGGGUCGUUCAUCUCUUUUUGGCGGUCGCGGUACUGUGCUUUCGAUUGUUUCCAGUCUUGGUGGUGGUGAUGCGACCCGUGGGGCUGGUGCGAGGAGGGUCUGGUCAGCGGCGCCUUGGCCGGUUGAGACGCUUCAGACGACGAAGGUGCCGGCGACGACGCAGGUUUGUCUUGGCCGCCGUCGCCAAAGAUGCGCGCACGAGCCUCUGCGUACGCUUUUUCGCGGUCCUGCAUGCUGCGUGCGUCCCCCGAUGUCGACGGCGCGGUCUUGUGGUGGUGCUUGUGGGAGCUGCCAGCGCCUUUCUUCCGCGACAUGAUCUUGGGCGGAUGCGACGGUGUGUGGUGGGUCGGCGGUGCUGCCUCCGCGGCCAAGUCGAUGAGCAAAAUGGACGGCACUGCACAUCGCGGCGUUUUGUACAACGUCACGACGCGCGCGGCAUUUGGAUCGUACCCGGUCUGCAAGCAACGCCAUCAUGCCACGAUGAAGCAUGAUGCAACGUACCGCGUGGUAAUAAUCGGCCGUCUGGUGCUCCAAGUGACAGCGAUCCGCGAGUCUGUGCACGAUGAGUCGGUGGUACGAUGACAGCGACGGCAGUACGAGCUCGUAUUCCCUGCAUCACAAACGUUAGCACAGCUCUGUUGCGCAUGGAAAGACGAACGCAUGCCUGGGAGAUUUGAGAAAAGCCACGAUUUGAUCUUCGAACUGAAGCAGGGUCAGGCGUUCACGCGGAUUCUCCAGCGCGGCAACCAAGACGGGGUCCAAUGGAGACAGGAGCGACACAGCGGUAGCCGUCGCGCGACUCACUGGACUCGAUACAGACGACGACGUUGUGUAGGAAGAGGCAGGGGGGUAUUGCUGGUGUUUUGCGUCAAGUGCUGGAGGUGGUGGGGGUACGUGCACCAUUUGCGAACUCGACGGCGGCGGUGCCCACGUCUCGGGGGUAUGCAGUGCAGUUGCAGGAAGAGCUUGUCCACGAAUCUGCAUCUCUGACAGCUUCCGAGACAUCUCGACUUCCGCUUGAUCCCAGUCGUCGCCGUCGACAGCGAUGCCCUUGGACGACAUUGCGGCACCGCGGGAGGUUAUGACAACUUGGGAAUUGUAUGGGGAUUAUCCGUAUUUUUCAGAGAGCACCCCACAUCGAUUGGCUGGAGUUCUCAACAUCCGGAUACGGUGACUCGAGGG